GCCAAUGGAUAUCUUGCAUCACUCUUUCAUUUCCUGCUUCUUUCUCUCACCUUUGUUAUCCUCGCCCAUGCCGCCACCGCUCCGCCCAAUCCACCGCCGCCGCCUCUCACAGCCGCGGCGAGUGAGUACUUGGAGGCGCACAACGAGGCUCGAGCCGUGGUGGGCGUGGAACCUCUGAGGUGGAGCGAGAAGCUGGGGAACGCCUCCAGUCUGAUGGUCCGGUACCAGCGGAACAAAAUGAAGUGCGAAUUCGCCAACCUGACCACCAGCAAGUACGGCGGAAACCAGCUGUGGGCGGGCGUGACGACGGUGGCGCCACGCGUGGCGGUGGAGGAGUGGGUGAAGGAGAAAGAACACGCAGGUGGUGUGGGGAAUUCGACGGAGGUUGGGUGCGCUGAAGCGUCGUGCGUGAAGGAGAAGUCAAGCUUGACCAUUUGUUUCUAUGACCCACCGGGUAACGUCAUUGGAGAGAGCCCAUACUAAUCCAUCCAUCAUCCAUUUCCAUUCCCAUUCCCAUUCCCAUUCCCAUUCCAUGCAUCAUAUCAAAUCAAUUAUGAAGUAAAGACAUUUUCUGUUUAUGACGUAGGUUUUCUCACUUUCUUUCUUCUUCAUGUGCUGUAGGUUUUCAAGUUUUUCUUGUUAUUUUUCUGCUACUGCUGAUUAUUUUAGUUAGAAACUCUUAGAUGAUGUUGGACCACCA